AGCAUAUCAAGUUCACCCACCUUAUUUUUUCCUCGCUCUUUCUCUUUUUCUCUUUUUCUCUUUUUGCCGUUUUCUUCUCGUCCUUUUUCGCCUACUUCUUUUCUUUUACUACUUUUCCUUAAACUCAUCACGUCAUUCAAACUCAUUGCGUCAUCUAAAGUCAUCAUUCACCAUGGGAGCUGUAUGUUGCAAAGAGGAACCUGUCGACCUUGAUAGUGAAGUGGACCUUUCACAUUUCAUUCUUUUACGGUCGGUCGGCAAAGGUGCAUUUGGCAAAGUCCGAGUGGUGCAGCAUAAAGGAUCGAAGCAGUUAUUCGCAUUGAAGUAUAUCAAUAAGGCGAAAUGCAUCAAUAUGCGCGCGGUGGAUAACAUCAUCUCAGAACGUCGAUUACUGGAACAGAUUAAUUACAGUCUCAUUGUCAAUUUGCGCUAUGCUUUCCAAGAUGAUGAAAAUUUAUUCAUGGUGUUGGAUCUCAUGCUUGGGGGCGAUUUACGAUUCCAUCUCGACCAAUUUGGUGUCAUGGCCGAAAAUUAUGUCAAGUUUUUCGCCGCCGAGUUGUCCAUGGCGUUACGAUUUUUACAUAAAAAUCAUAUCGUGCACAGAGAUAUCAAGCCUGAUAACAUUCUUUUGAACGAGCAAGGCCAUGCCCAUUUGACCGAUUUCAAUAUUGCUGUCUACUUUUCCGAUUCAACGCCUUUAUACUCUGUUGCUGGCUCCUUGGCUUAUAUGGCUCCCGAAAUAUUGGAAAAGCAAGGUUACUUUGCCUCUGUCGAUUGGUGGUCUCUCGGUAUUGUCCUUUACGAGCUUCUCUUUGGCAAGCGACCCUUCCGCGCCAAGUCGAAUGACAUUCUUCAAAAAAAUAUUAUGAAUGAUCCAGUCGUUUUCCCCGAGGAACAUGACGUCUCGGAUGAAGCCGUGGAUUUCUUGAAAGGUUUACUAACACGCGAUAUCUCUGAAAGACUUGGUGUAGGCGAUGAAGGAUACCAUAAACUACAACAGCAUCCCUGGUUUCGCGACAUUCAAUGGACCGCACUUCAAGCCAAGCAAGCGACACCGCCCUUCGUUCCUGAUAGUAAGCGUGCGAAUUUCGAUCCGACUCAUGAAUUGGAAGAAAUUCUAUUAGAGGACAACCCUUUAAAAGUCAAGAAAAGAGCUCCAAAGCCCAGUGGUUCCGACACCAAUCUUUCCGCGAAAUCGCAAUCGAAUGAUCCCGUGGUGGAAGAAACUCCGGAGCGCCAACUCAUGGAAGAUCGUUUCUUGACGUUUGAUUAUACCAAGCCGGAGGAAAAUGAACGACAAAAGAAGCGCUUUGCAAAGAAAUGCCGGCAAUCCAAUUUUGGUCGUAAAUACAAAGUAAGCGAUUGAUCAGGCUUUGUAUGCCAUGUGCUACUGACUAGAAAUUCCAUGGUAUCUUGUAGUUGCGGGCGGAGUAUCAGUAUGAUUACAAGGAAGAUAAAGAGGCAACGGACGACAAACCAUCUCCCAAUACCUUGGGAUCUAACAAAACUGUUGUUGGCUAAUUAUCAACAUCGGUUGUGACCCAACGCUGGUUGUGCGGUACGAUGUCUCAUUAUAAUCAUGAUCACCAGAAUCUACGGGUCCGAAGCGCCACUCCACAACUUAGCAUUAACAUUUUUCAAUUUCAUUGUAUCUUGGCUAUUCCAAUUAUCUCUAAUGUUUUAAAAUUCUUGCCCAGUCGCCGCACGCCAAAAUUU